CCACAAAUCAAACAUACAAGUCUCAACUUGAACCACCAGUUUCAUCCUUGGAGCUCUACCUCUUACACGGCUGAAACAAUCUCUAAGUUGGCCAACUUCCCAUCACUCACUCACUCUAUAAAUUCAAACCACCUCCUUUUAGCCUCUUCUACACCAAAUUCCAAAACCCUGUAAACCACAAACCCUAAAAUCAGAGAAGACCCACCUGAAAACAUAGCUGAAAAUGGACAUAUGGUCAUGGAUUUCUGAACUCCCCAACUCGGACGAGUGGUCCGAGUCAACCUCAUCACUCACCUUCCAACUAGCAAGUUCCACACCAAGUUCAACAAAGAGCAAUACUACCCAGAUGAUUCAACUCAGAGCUGAGAGAGCCGGGUCCAACCCGGAACCAUUGGUGGUGACUUUCUCAGUAUGCUUAGUAGGGUUUCUCUCUCCUAACUCAGAGCAAACCAUAUGGGUUUCUGACACGUGUCCUUUAUCCUCCGACAAGCCAUUCUUGUCUCUCAUAGUUCAACUCCUCCAAGAGAUCAUUUCACGAGCACCCACGGCUCAUGAUAGCACCUGCCCACGUUCACAGCUUCAGAAGCUCAAACCGGAGCCACUUUCAUGGCUUCUUGACUCACACUCGACCGAGUCAUUGUCGAGUUUCUUCAGUCUCAUCUUCCUCGCACGCCUUUUCUGGCUAUGUGUCUUCGACGCACCCUCCGAAGCUGGCUCUUUGUACUUCCAUGCACUGUUAGCUCCAAACCUCGGAGCCUUUUCGUGUAACCACGCGCCCAUACUGCGAACGUUCUUCGUUGCGGUAGGAGUUGACGUGGAGCUAUUCUUAAUGCGCACCUUUGGAUAUAUGUUAGCAAAAUGGUUGAUUUUAAGGGAACUGGGCAUAGGGUUACAAUCGUUAACACCGUUGCCAUCUCAUAAUCUUGGGUUAUCCUACGCUAUGGAGUCUCAUGGAUUUUGGGUUCUGAAAGGCUACGCGCCGGCUAAGGCAAUGAAGUGCAGGGGCUCUAGUGGUAGAACCAAUAAGCUGUACCCUGUGAUUGAAGCCAAAGAGUCUGUGCUGAGAUAUGCUUUGAGUCAUCAGCAGCUUGAGGCUGUUAUUCAGUUGGAAUAUACAGUUGGAUUUUAUGAUGGUUUUAUUCAAGUUAAGGCACGCGUCGAUAAUCUACGCUUCCACGUGGCCCAAUUAGGGUUUAAUAAAAAGGAGGAGGAGGAGGAGGAUAAUUAUUUGAAUGAGAGGUAUUUUCCAUCAAGGAUUCGAGUUUGGGUCGGACCGGAGAUUGGGGCGAGUUACGUGGCCGGUUUGAGUUUGGGUCAAUCCACGGAUAAUGUGGAGAGAGAAAUGGAAAUGCAAAAGAUUUUGAAGGGUAGUUUUGGAAAAUUGAAAGUUCCCAAGGCAAAGGUUAUGACAAAGAUGGCAACGAGAACAAGAAUGAAAAAUUGGAGGUGGGAGCAAGAUGUGGAAGGAAAUUUAGCAAUUUUUGAUGCGGUUUUAUGUGACAACAAGACUGGUAUCGAAGUUGCUACGUGGAAACCGUCCUCUGAUGGUGGUGGUGGCGGCAGCGGCAUUGAUGGUCAAUUGGGGAAUAGUUUUCGAGGAAGAUAUUCGGGAGUGAGUAGGCCGUUCACAAAAAAAGGGGGUUUGGUUUUUUCAGGGGAGGAGUGUGGAAGUAUAGGGUGGAGAUUGAACAAAGAGAUGGAAGGGAGUGUAUUGAAAUGGAGAAUCGGAGGUCAAGUUUGGUUGAGUUAUUGGCCUAAUGAUGUAAAGAGUUCAUACUUUGAGACAAGGUGUGUGGAGUGGUGUGAAGAAGUUGAUUUGCCUUUGAUUCCUGGUAAAUACUAAAAGCAUGGUAUAAGACCAGGCACUAAAACAUAGUAUGUACAUAUUUUUCACUGUCAAAGCUAAUAACGGAUGUGUUUCCUUUUUCCCAACUAUUACUCACGAGUUUUGAACCUCUAAUAUUUUUUAUAGAGCUGUCAAAAUAUGAUACGACUCUUUAACACGACAAGAAC